GCCCGACUGUGUGACUCCAGUUUCCAGGAUCUCUGGCCGGGUCUCGGCCCGUUUCUCUGCACAGAGUUUCAGUGUUUGAAGCAAACAAUGAAACACUCUGUGGUCGUCCGCGUGAGGAGUGUAUUUACCAUCAAACAAAGACGCAGUUUAUCAUGUCAUAAACAGCUCUGUUCUCUAACACGCUGCCUGACCGACAAUGACAAAGAGUGGACGGAGGUCAGAGGUUAGAGAGGACGCUGGAGGAAGUCAUCAGGGGAAUUCAGCACAUUGUGGAGAUGACUGAACCAUAAUAUAAUGUUUAUUAUUUACCUACUUUGUCAUACAGCCUGAAACUAACAAACCCUAACCCUACCGCCUCAAACCCUAACGAGCGCAGCCCUAGCCCUAAGAAACCCUAAGCCCAUUUUAUCUUGAGCACAAAAUACGAUAUAAUAUGUUUAUGUUGUGAUAGUUUGAGACCUCAGGGGCUUUUUGAAAAAUGAUACAGUUAGUAACUGCUGUCAGUAACUAAUGAUAGUAAAAUGACUAAACUUCACGUUUCUUGUUUAGUUUCUUUUAAAAGUCUCAUGAGUUUGUUUGCAGCGUUUGGAGUAAAAACCUGGCACUGGGAUGUCUCAACUUCAGCCUGUUUGGCCGGAGCAGAUGUAGAAUUCAUGCCCGAGCACAACGAAGGGAGGCAGAUCCGGAUCAAAGAGGGGACACAGAUAAAUCGUAUAUGAUCCACGAUGAAGGGAUAGAGAUACACAAAGGGAGGUGUUUGGCACUUUGACGCUUGUUUGUUUAUCUCAUUGAAUCUGAAUUAGUUCUGAGGUGCUUGGCAAGGUUUUGGUAAUUAUAUCUCAACUGGAAAAGACCUGCUGCUCCUCUAAUUUAUCUAAUAUGACAUUGGAUGUGUCAUUAAGGUCCCUGUGUGUUUUAAUGAACCUGUGUCUGUAUAAGGACUGCGUAAGUAGUCAGCUGAAUAAUAAUAAUAAUAAUUAUUAUAUAUAUUUAUUAUUAAUAAUUAUUAUUGUUACUUUUAAAUCUGUUUCAGUUCUUUAAAAAAAGUUUUUUUGACAGUUUAUUUAAAUAUUUAAAAUUUCAGUCCUCAUAUCAAACCCCAUCAUCUCUAAAGUAAUCAGAGUCAUUUAUGGGAAAUCUAUUCUCAUUAUUACCUCAGUGCACUGACAUUAAGGUUUGUGUCCGUCAGUGCUGCUUAGUGCAGGGUUGCAGUGGAGUGAGGGGAGGUGGAUGGACGGGAUUGGUCAGCAGUUUGAAUGACAGGCUGGCUGAAACCAGCGCUGCACCCUCCACACCACCACCCACCUCCCUGCUCCAGUAUAAAGGCUGCGCUCCAUCCUCAGCCUCCACGCUCUGCACACACAACGCACAACUUCUGCCCACACCAGCCCUGAGUUACAGAUGACAAUGACCGACCUGGAGACCUCGAUGGCGACCAUCAUUGCGGUGUUUCAGAAGUAUUCAGAGAGAGAAGGAGACAAGCACAAGCUGAAGAAGAGCGAGCUGAAGGAUCUGCUUCACGAUGAGCUGCCAGACCUGAUGGCGCAUGUGAAAGACCAGGCCACAUUGGACAGCCUGAUGGAAAGCCUGGACACCGACGGCGACGCCGAGUGUGACUUCCAGGAGUUCAUGACAUUCAUCUCCAUGGUGACCGUCUGUUGCCACGAGUUUUUCGAGCAUGAGGACGAGUAACGAGGCGAGGACCACGGAUGGAGACAAAGGGGGAGCUACAGUAAAAUAUAAAGAAGCAGAAGCCUAGCAACGCACAACCUGUCGAUGCCUUCAGAGCAGUGCAGGGUGGGAAAACACAGCUCCAACCAGCAGCCAAAAGAUUAGGUUUGGCUGGUGGCUGGCAAACCGUCCAGUCUCACUCAGUUUGGCUGAAAUCAAUAGAGUUUGCAUGUGGAUAGUGAUUAUUUUAUCAGCCACCAAUCGUUCAUUUGAGAUUUUGCUCUAAAAAUCACUGAGAGCAGCCAGAAGAAUCAACCAACGACCCCAAGUGUUUGAAAAAUCAGAUACUGAAAGUGUGAAACACACAGUUAUUUGAGCCAAUAGGCCUUCCACAUACAUCCACAUGUCUAGUUGGCUGCUAAAAUAAUCCUAAAGUGUUGGGAUUUGGUAGCCCUCUGCUUCUGUUGCCUGUAGAUUAGUUAAACCAAGUUAUGUUUCCCUCCCUGCUUCUGCUGCAGGUUUGAUCCUGUUAGAGUUCAGAUUCAGUUGCAGUAGAAACUGUCAAACAAUCUAAAAAACGUCUAGUUUCACAGUGUGUAACUCUCUCUUCCUGCAGAGGAAACAGAAAUGAUAGCUCUAAAACUGUUGAUCAGAACAGCAGGGAGUUUGGAAGAGUUUGCCUGAUGAUGUGACCACGUGUAUUCUGAAAAGUGGAGAACUGGUUUGUCUGGAUGUUGGUGAUGUGAAAUGAAUUAAAUUAUCAGCGUGUCACUCUGAGUUUGACUCUGAUUAUCACUGCUGUACUUUUUA